GAGCGUCUGAAUUUUAUUUUGUCAACAUCGAUUAUUUACACUGGGACAAUAAUUUUAACCACUACGAUUUUAGUCAAUGAAUGUAGUAAAGAGGCGUGUUAUAUUGAUCAUAAGCGUAUGCAUUAGAGGGCGUGUAUCUGGAGAGAUUGACAGGCGUGGAGUUUACGUUAUUUUGUCUGAAGUCUCUACUAUUACUCCACUUAUUGUGCUAUAGAGAAGUGGGAUAUAUUGCUGUAUAGGCUUUUUUCUCAUUUCUAAUAUUCUUUCUAUCUGAAUGAGCGAAAACGGAUGAAUAAACUGGUGAAUGAACGGGACAGCCGGUUAAGCCAUGCGGGAUGCUUGGGUCUUAGGGCUCUAUGUACUUUGGUACUUUAUAACUGGAGUCCUUGCAACAGAUCCGUCGUUGGUGCACAUUCUUGGAAAAGGAGGGGAACUUCAGUUUAGUGAGGCUUUAACUGUGUUUCCUAAAAGAGUUUAUAACAAUGGUGCGGAUUAUCAAAGUAAAAGACAUUUCCAUAAACGUAGUGUGCGAGAGCAAUGGGAUAAAAAUGUGGAUUAUAUUGUAGAAAUUGCUGAUAAAAAUAUUAAGUUGAAUUUAACACGAAAAGAUGAUAUAGUGGCACCCGGGAUAGUAGUGCAACAUUUUAAAGGGAAUUUAACUUGGUUAGAGGAGCAUAGAACAUUAAGGGGGUUGUCAUGUUUCUACGAAGGGACCGUAUCAGGGAGUGGGUGGUCUCAGGCCGCACUCAGUCUUUGCGAUGGAAUGGCAGGGACUUUCAGUGUGGACGGAGAACAUUAUCUCAUAGAACCUUUUUUAACUGGAGAUAACACCAGUGAACAUUUUAACCAAAGUGAACAAGUUAUACCUCAUCAACUUUAUUCGUUAAAACAUUCACAAAAACAUAUACACACAAAUAAUGGAAGUGAUUCCUCAUGUGCUGUAGAUACAGAAAAUUAUAAACACAAGCGGAGGAAACGAGACUUAAAAAGUGAUAUAGAAAACUUAGAAUUUAGUGAUAUAUCUAGUUCAUCUUCAUUUAAUAAUUUAAUAUCAUCAUCAACUUCUCCUCAUCGGACUAAACGCUCAGUGUCACAUAAAAACUAUGUGGAAGUUAUGGUAGCCGCCGACCAUCAAAUGCUGCGGUAUCAUAAAGACGAUCUUCAACAUUAUAUUCUUAAUUUGAUGGCCAUAGUAAACAGUAUAUAUAGAAAUCACACCAUAAGACAUUUCAUCCACAUCGUCAUUGUAAAAAUAGUCAUCUUUCACUCAGAAAGGGAAGGACCUAAAAUUACCCCAAAUGCCGGUGAAACACUGAAAAGAUUCUGUAAGUGGCAAUCUGUGAACAAUGGAGAUGAACACAGCAGAUCUCAUUAUGAUACAGCAAUUUUAUUAACAAGGGAAAAUAUUUGCAGAGCCCCAGAAAAAUGUGAUACUCUAGGUUUGGCUGAACUAGGAACUAUGUGUGAUCCAGAAAGAAGUUGUUCCAUCGUAGAAGACAAUGGAAUAAGUGCAGCAUAUACAAUUGCUCAUGAACUAGGCCAUGUAUUUAAUUUACCUCAUGAUGAUGAUAAUCGAUGUCGCCGUCCAAUCUAUGAUCGAGAUCCAACUGCCAAAACGCAUAUUAUGUCCCCUACGAUCGACGAGAAAACCGACCCUUGGUCCUGGUCUGAAUGUAGUUCACGUCUACUCACAAAAUUUCUUGAUGCGGGAUAUGGGAAUUGCCUUCACAACAAACCAAGAGGGAAGAAAAUAUAUCGCCGAAAGAUCAAACGUCUUCAGAAAAAAAAAGCCGGGUCCAUCUAUAACGUUAACAAGCAGUGUGAACUUAUCUAUGGAAAAGGAUUUUUCUUUUGUUCUUUUCAGAAUACAUGCCAGAUGUUAUGGUGUACCCAAGAUCUCAGUUUCUCGUGCCAAACUCAACAUAUGCCCAUGGCUGAUGGUACCAUGUGCGGACCAGGAAAGUGGUGUAUACGAGGUCGGUGUGCAAAGGACAAACCAGACAAGAAAGUAAAAGGUGGGUGGGGUAAAUGGCAUCCAUAUGGUAAAUGUACCCGGACUUGUGGAGGCGGAAUCAAAAAGGCUUACAGAGAAUGCAGUAAUCCAGAGCCAAGUGGUGGAGGCCGUUACUGCACUGGAAAAAGGAUUAAAUACAGGCACUGUAAUACUAAGGAUUGUCCUACAAACAGUGACGAUUUUCGUGUCCAACAAUGUGCAGAAUACAACAGCCAAAUCCGCCAUUACAAUAUUCCUCCUGGUUCAAAAUGGAUACCAAAAUAUGACGGCAUUCAAGAGAAGGACUGGUGUAAGUUAUAUUGUAAAGCAGACUCUAGUCCUUCCUAUUUCUACAUGCUGAAUCAUAAAGUCAUCGACGGAACAAAAUGUCGGCCGGACGGAAAUGAUAUCUGUGUCAAUGGUCAGUGUCGGCGCGGAGGAUGUGACAACAAACUUGGUUCAAAUAUGAAGCGUGACAGAUGUGGAGUAUGUGGUGGGGACAAUGCUUCAUGUAGGACUAUCUCAGGGAGCUAUAACACUGUAAACUAUGAUUACAACAAUGUUACGCUGAUUCCGGCGGGUGCCACAAACAUUGAUAUAAGACAGCAUGGCUAUAGACAUCUCCCGGAUGAUGAAAACUACCUCGCACUUAUUAAUUUACGCAAUGAGUAUUUAUUAAAUGGUCACUACCAGAUCAGUCCCUACCCACAGAAGAUAGAUGUUGUAGGUGCUGCCCUCUUCUAUACCGGCUCAGAAACUAUUGAGGAGAGAAUAAACUCAACCGGAACCCUUGGUGAAGACCUUCAAUUACAGGUAUUGUCUGUUGGAGACUUGAAUCCGCCAAAAAUUCACUUCUCAUAUACCAUGUCAUUACGCCAGAACGAACGCUUCGGCUGGAAGGAGGGAACUGAAUGGACUAAAUGCAAUGAUAUUUGUAAUGGUAUGCGGUACCGUAAAAUCAAGUGUGUCCGGGAGAAUGACAAUGCUAUAGUGUCUGAACAGCGUUGUGAAAAUAUGCCGAAACCAUACCCCGAGUCCGAGAGAUGCAAUCCAUUCUGUACAUUAAAUUGGAGAGUACAUCGUGAUGAGUGCUCCACGAAUUGUGGUACUGGCGUGGCAAGACAGAACAUUACAUGUGUAGUGUCCAGUCGGUACAAGGGCACCGAAGUUGUUGAUAUGUCACAUUGUGAGAAACGACCUGAAAUUGGACCCAAGCCUUUGGAACGUGUUCCCUGCUAUGGAAAAUGUCGGGAUACUCAGUGGAAAUAUUCGGAGUGGUCUAAGUGUACUGCAACUUGUGGAAGUGGCGGCCAGAAACGUAGUGCCGUCUGUGCUGACACUAAUGGGAAAAAGGUUGAUGAUUCCUACUGCAGUAAGAAAGAUCUUGUGGUUGAAAGGGUAUGCAAUACACAACCUUGUCCGGUGUGGCAGGUACAGGAUUGGACCGGAUGUUCAGUAACGUGUGGACAUGGUCACAGACAUCGUAAAGUGCUGUGUUACAUCGGAGAAGAGGAAGUUAUAGAAACAAAGUGUGAUUAUAAACAGAAACCAACAAAUAAACUAGAAUGUUACAUGGGCACAUGUCCGAGGUGGACGACUGGUGAAUGGGGAGAGUGUUCAACAACUUGUGACAUGGGCAUUGCGAUCAGAUCCAUUCAGUGUGAAGCCACUUCUGGACAAAUUCUCGAUGACUUCCUAUGUGACGCCACACAACGACCUUACGAGACACGGCAGUGUAAUGAUGGCCCAUGUCCCACGACAACAAUAGCCACCACCACGAAGAGGAUUGAACAGAGAAUUGUUAAGAAAAUACUAAAGGUCACUUAUCACUGGACUACUGGAAGCUGGACACAGUGUUCGGCAUCAUGCGGUGAAGGUGUCAAACAGAGGUAUGUGACAUGCAUGAAUAAUCAAGAUGAAGUAGCGGACCCAGUUGACUGUGACCAGCUCACAAAACCAGCUGAAACUGAAGCAUGCGUACAGCGAGCUUGCGGCUACUGGAGGACUGGUGACUGGGGAGAGUGUUCAGUGACAUGUGGAUCCGGUAUUGAGACACGUGCAGUCGUGUGCACAUUACAGGACCGGAAAUCAGCCGACCAGAUCCACUGUGACAUGGAUGUCAAACCGGAACUGGAACGCAAAUGCACGCUGGAUGAAUGUAAACCAGAAGAUUUUGAUAUUGGAGUCAUUAUAACCAACACGGUUGUCGGCAUAAGUCACUGGAGAAUAGGACCUUGGAGUGCUUGUUCAGCAUCAUGUGGGACAGGUUGGCAACGGCGACAGGUUUUAUGUCAUGAUGAGAAGGGACCCAGCGAGAACUGUGCCGAGGACCAGAAACCUGAAUCAAGACAGUCAUGUGAUGCGGGUGCUUGCCCUAAAUGGGUCAAAGGGGACUGGUCACCGUGUUCCAAAUCAUGUGGUGAAACUGGAAUGCAGAAGCGGACUGUAAAAUGUCAGUCAGCCGAUGGGGAAUCCUUGCCAGACCCUAGCUGCGAUAUCUUCAAUCGGCCACCAGACACUGGAAUCUGCAACAAUGGCCCUUGUUCUAAAAAUAGAAAUUGGCAAGUGGGGCCAUGGUCUUCGUGUUCGGUAUCGUGUGGUACUGGUUCCUCUCAGCGUGAUGUGAUCUGUGUAUCAGAAAGUGGUACCACCCAGCCAUCUGCUGAAUGUGUCGAUCCAAAGCCUCGCAACACGAAACGCUGCACCCUGCAUGCUUGUCCUUCUUGGGCACAUACUAAAUGGAGCAAGUGUUCAACAACAUGUGGGUCUGGAGUUCAGAAGCGUAAGGUUGUUUGUCGACUUGGUCAUGGAGAUAUUGUACCUGAUGAACUUUGUGUCAGAAAGAAAAAGCCACGUUCAGAAAAGAAAUGUGCAGAACGGGACUGCUCAGAAUACAUGUGGCGUACAGGCGAUUGGUCAGAGUGCUCAAAGGACUGUGGUUUUGGGACAAAGAUUCGGGAUGUAUUCUGUGCUGAUACAAAUGAGAAGAAAGCUAAUAAUACACUGUGUCCAUCUAAGAAAAAGCCAAAAUCAAAGAGACGCUGCAGUGAAUUUCCCUGUCCAUUCAUGUGGAAUACAAGUCCUUGGUCCGAGUGCUCAGUGAGUUGUGGUGAAGGAAUUCAGUCAAGGCGAGCAGUAUGCCAGGCAGUGACCAAAGAGGGUUGGAUCCUGCCAGGGGAGGUACCUUAUGGCUGCAAGGUAACGGAUAAACCAACAGUGUCACAGAUAUGUAACCAUGGUCCCUGCAAAGCCAGAUAUAGAUGGAUGACUGCACCUUGGGGCGAGUGUUCUUCACGCUGUGGAAACGGCUUUGAACGGCGACAGGUACAAUGUGUAGAUGUUAGUGGAAAACGUAAAAAGAAGAAACUAUGUUCUAAACCUCACAGACCCAAUGGUAGAAGACCGUGUUACAAUGGACCCUGUUAUGCAAGUUCUUGUAAACAGUUGAAGGAGCAGACGUCAAUCAGACAAGAUGGCAGCUACAAACUGUUUGUACAUGGAAGACUACUGGAGAUAUACUGUAAAAACAUGAAGAAGCCCAUUCCAGAAGAAUUCUUGUCCCUACCAGCUGGAGAUACAGAAAACUACUCCGAGAUAUAUCCAUUUAAGUUAAAGAGACAGAAGACAUGUCCUAACAAUGGUACGAGACGGACCCCGUGCAAGGAAUGCAGACUGCGGCCGUACAGAAAUGCAGGAAAAACAUCGUACACUAAAAUCAAAAUUGACAUACUCACAUUAAAGAUACAAGUGACAGAUCUGACGUUUUCAUCAUCUGUCAGUGGUAAUCACAUUCCAUUUGGAUCUGCGGGUGAUUGUUACAGUUCCGCAGAAUGCCCACAGGGGCGAUUUAAUAUCAACCUCUCAGGGACGGGACUGGUCGUCACCCAGAAUACAACAUGGCUGUCCCAGGGAACGAAUGCCUCACAAAGGAUUGAAAGAUUGCAGGAGGGGGAGGUUAUUGAGGGUUGGUGUGGCGGACUCUGCGGCUGGUGCUCUCCAGAGUCUGGUAUACAGCUGAAAGUGUUCUCCUAGCAACCGGACUAUAGAGGAAAUAAACACUGAGGAACAGCUUCGGGUGGGUGGGGUACAACAAUUCUUCCGUGUCUUUCAUGUACAGUGACUGAGUAAAUGUGUGCAGAGAGAAAGUGGAUCCUACUCAUUGUGAAUAUCAUUGACUUAAUCAUUCGAGAUGGAUAAAUGGCGCUCGCUCGUGGUUGUAUUUAUUUGGUAGAUUUUCAAAAUAUUGACUGAGAUCUGUUAAAUUUAAGUUAUGUGUUAAUGUUUGAAAAAAUAUCAGAUAAUCUGAAUCAUUGAUUAUUGUAUUUUAGAUUUCAUUUCUUAAAGCAACAUGUUCAUACUUUCUGUUUGAUAAGAAAGAGAGGCCUCUAAAAUAUUUUUGAGAAAGUGGUCUUUGGUAUAAAAGUUGUGUGUAAUGAUGUGCUUUUGUGAAAUAUACCAGUAGUGUGUUAAUAGAAGUAAACUGUCUGACAUGCUUUCGAAAUGAUACAUUGUUGAGAUCACUAAUCUCCAUAAUGAGAUCAUUUACUCUGUUGAGAUCUCUAAUCACUGUGUUGAGAUCACUUAUCUCCAUAUUGAGGUCAAAAAUCUCUGUGUUGAGAUCACUAAUCAUCAUGUUGAGAUCACUUAUCUCCAUAUUGAGGUCUAUAAUCACAGUGUUGAGAUCACUAAUCAUCAUGUUGAGAUCAUUUAUCUCCAUAUUGAGAUCACUAAUCUCUGUGAUGAGAUCACUAAUCUUCGUAUUGAGAUCACUUAGCCCAUAUUUAUUGAAAUAUCUGAAACCUGCUGUCACUUUGUCAGUUAUUUCAAGAUGUCUGAUACAUACAUUUUUUAUCUUAAUUAAGUGUAAAUAAAAUAUUUUUAAUUUGUUCAUCUUGAUGGUAAACACCUACAUUUUGUACCAAGUAUAAUUUUAUUGUCAUGCUUUUUAUACACAUAUACAACAUUGUUUGAUCAGUGUCAUUUACUGAUAUGUUACUGAUAUGAGCCGUGCCAUGGGAAAACCAACAUAGUGGCUUUGCGACCAGCAUGGAUCCAGACCAGCCUGCGCAUCCGCGCAGUCUGGUCAGGAACCAUGCUGUUCGCUUUUAUAUCCUACUGCAAUUAGAGAAACCUUUAGUGAACAGCAUGGAUCCUGACCAGACUGCGCGGAUGUGCAGGCUGGUCUGGAUCCAUGCUGGUCACAAAGCCACUGUUUUGGUUUUCUCAUGGCACGGCUCAUAUUAUUUUGGUAUACGUUAGACAGCAAGUUAAAAAAAUGUUUUUAUUUGUCAGACCAUUGUCUUCUUGGGUGUUCAUAAUGUCUUUUUUAAAUAACUUUAAUCUUGUUUUCUUGAAGAAAAAAACAGGUCUUAUUUUCUGGAAAUACAAUUGUGAACACAGAACAUAUAAUACAGAAAAAAGUAUUGAUUUAAAUUUAAAAUGGUCUUCCUUUUAAAAUAUUUUUGUCCCAACAUGUAAAGAUACAUUAAGCACAGAAAAAGAUGAAAAUCAUUAUGUUGAAUGUGUAAAUAAAUGGUAUAUUCCGUCCAUUGUGGCCAGUUCUAUGCUAUAUUGUGCAAUAUCUUUCUUAUUGUCCUUGUACAUGUAUAUUUUGCUCUCCUCUUGAACAGAUCUGUAUGAAACUUUUAUUUAACUUGAACUUUUAUGUCUUAUUUAGUCUUUGUGUGUUAACUCGACCUGUUUCAAACAGAAUUUUUUCAAGUAUUGGAAUCCAAAAUAUUCCAAUAAAUUUAAAGAGUGAUUUGAGGCACUAAUUAAUAACACAAUUUUAGACAAACAUCUUUUAUAAUAAAGAAAGAUGGUAGAUAUUUGCUGCACUUUGACAUAUCUAUGAACGUUUUUUGCAUUCUUUGCAAAACAGGUAUAAGGGAUUUGACUUGUCAACUUAACAAAAAUAACACUGGUAAAGGAUUAUUAGUGUAUAUGCAUUUUUAUAUUAAUUUCUAAGAUGAAAAAUGUGUAAAUACAUGAAUUUUAUGUAAUGUUAUAUCCGAUCUAUCAGGGAAGAAAAAAUGCAACAUUGUAUGUAAAUCGAUGUUGUUUUAAGUUUAAUUUGUUGCCGUUAGUUACUGAUUUGUCUGUCGGUCAUUUAAAAUUAACUUUGUAUUUUUUCCGAGGAUAGAAAUAGAUCAGUUUGCAACUUCUUAUAUUAUUGCACGUUGACUGGAAUUAAGCAUAUUGUUUAAACAGUUAGUCUGUUAAUGAUGAUUUUUUAGAAAUCUCAUGUCAGGGUAAAUAUAUUUUACAGUUUACUGAGGCCAGUACUUAAAGAAAAUGCCAGUGAUGUUUUUUUUUUUGUUAAAAUUUUGUAUGAGAAUUCUAGACAUUUUUCAAAAAUUUCUUGUUCAAAAGUAAUUUUGUUAUUUCUUCCGUAUCUAUUUUGUAUACAGGCUGUAUGCAAAAGUAUUGAACAUUCUGAGAUUAUAUAGUCCCUUUGUAAUUAAGACCAUCUGAAUAUUUUUUAUGAAUCUGCUUCUCUAUGAUGUCAUCUUGUAAAAUAAUCAUUUGCAACAUUAUAACUUACAAAUUGACUUACAAAUUUUUUGUGUUAAGAUCUCUAGAGAGUUUUGUCUGGUAUACUCAUGUGCCAUAGACCAGGUGAAAAUAUUUCUUAGUUUAUACCGAAAUUGACAUUGAAAUUUUCUAAUAUAGUUUUAGAAAAUAGAUAAACUAAUUCAUAUUUUAUUAAGAGACAAAAGAGAUUAUGAAAUGAGCAAAAUAGAUCAAAAUAUACUGUUGCAUAGCUGUAUUAAAUUGUGGCUGGUAUAAUCUAAGAACUAUUUUAUUCUGGUUUGAUUAAUUGUAAUAAAGUUAUAAAAUAUGUAUUACUCUUCAGUUUGUAUUUUAACUUCUUUACUUCCUGUCUAUCUACAAAUCAUAACACACAAAUGUUCUCUACAGUAACAUGCCAGCAAAAAGCUCCACAGACUUCAGACUUGCAAAUAGUUCCAGCUUUUAUGAAAUAGUCCUGUCUCACACAGGAACACAAAUUCAAAUUCUAUACCGUUAUCUUAUGAAAUUGUCAUUUUUCUUUUCUCUUAUAAUUUAAGUCAGUGGAUUGUCAGAAAUUUUAAACUGUGGUCUUUGGUCUGUAAAGUCUGUAAAUUAGUUUCUAAAGAAAAAGUCUGAAAUGUAUAUAUGGGAUGCAUAAAAUAAAAUUGAUUAUUUUUCAUAAUAAGUGAUUAUGAUGAAUGCUAGAAAAAUAUUUAAAUUACAGAAUUGUUUACAAAAAUUUUAGAAAUACAUCAAGUCUACAAAAAAUCAUGUUGUGAUAAAAAAUUUGGUACGUACCUGUAGCUGAUAUUAUAACUUCUGAACUUACUACGAAACACUACGAUACGGUUUAUGUUUAUAUUGUAAUGGUGUAUAUUUUAGAUGGCCGUGUUGUUUAUAUUUAUAUAUAUAUGAUUUGAAAUGUAAGUCUUGCUACUAAUUUUUUUUUUCGAUUUUUUUAGCGGACGUGAAUUACUGAUGUAUCUAUAUUCUUCCUUUUCUGUUGUUUUUGCGUAAUUUGUAAAUCAUUCGCCAUCGUAUUGUAUAUAAGAAAUGUUGUUAAUGCUAAGUGCGAAGUAUGUAAAUUAUGAAAAUAUUGUUGUGUUGUAUUAUAGAAUAAUUAAGUUAUUGCAUAAUAAGGAGAGUAGGUGCGUUAUAUUUUAGCUUAGUAUGCAAAAAAAAUGGACUUGUAGAAAAAAGUUUAAUGUUUGAAGAGAUGGAAUGUUUGUGAAAUUGUCGGCCAGUUGUUUAGUUUUGACAACUUCAAAAGUAGUUGUGGAUGAGUAUUUUGUUGAGAUGUAGGUUUUUCGUCUUUUUUUUUUUUCGUUUUUGUUUUAAAUCUUUCCUAUAAUGCUCUCUUCCAGGAAUGAUAAGCUGUUAGAUAUGUUAAAGCACAGUUUUGAAUAGCUUUUACUUUAAUGAUUGAACAAAAUGUUUUUAUUUCUCAAUUCUGUUAUGAUAAAAAAAUGGAAGUUUGUUUAUUAACAAAUCUUUAUAUAUCAAGCAACAUUCGCUUUGUUUCAUAUUUCUUAUUAUCUUUUGCGCAAUCAGCUCUAGUUGAGUGUUGGAAAGUUCUUCUUUUCCAAUAUAUUAGAGGAUCGAAAAAAUGCAGCUUUUUAUUUUUCUCCCAAAUAUUUUGUUAAUGUUUUUGUUGAGUUUUUGAUAAAGCUUGACAUUUUAUUGUUAAGUACUGGUUGUUUAAAAAAAAAAGAAAUAUGAUGAUAGUUAUGGUUUAUUUUUCGCAAACUUGAUAUUUAUCACCUGGAUUUUAUAAAUCCCUUUUACUAUACAAGAGAUUUACAGGCAUUAAAUGAGUAAAAAAGAUGUGUGAAUCCUAUUUAUGCAUGAUGCAAAUGAGAAAUCCAAAACUAUAUAUCUUAGCUCGAAAACUGCCAAUUUACUGUAAAGUAUUGCGAACAUAGGGUCUCGUAAUAUCAGUUCAUUUUCAUUACAGAUAGAAAAUUAUUGUAAGUAAUGCAUCAUUCCCAUAUUUCGAUAGGAAAAAUAUUGUUUCAUUUGAUAAAAUGAAUUUAGAUAUACAGAAUGUAAUUUCGAUAGAUGAAAUAGAACUUCGAUAGUCAAAAGUGAAUUUUGAUUAACAGAAUCGAGUUUGGAGACAAAAUUGAAUUUCGAUAAAUGAAAUGGAAUUUGGACAGAUAAAUUGAACUUCAUGUGACAAAAUUUCACAAGUAAGGGUGAGAGGGAGUCAAUAUUUCUAUGAUGCUAUAAAUUUAGGACAGAAAUUACCUUGCAGGCCAGUUUCUUGCCUUAGCUUGAUACUAAUUAUAGAUGCUAAACACUUCCAACACCUGUAACGUUCUAGAUAAAUUCCCCAUUUUCAAAAUGUGCUUCUUGCCAGAGCAAAAUAAAUCAUUGUACUUAAAGUCCCUGGAUCAUAUGCAUCAGAGUAGAAGACAAUACUCAAAAAUAUACCAAAGCAAUUACAUUUACACUCAUUUUCGUACACAUUUUUUUCAAAAGGUCAAGGUCAACUUCAUUUUGAUUACACAUUUUUGAAAUAGGUUGUUAUUGUGGUCAUGUGACCAAUUUUGCCAUACAGUGCCAUUGCUAUUAUGAAGCAUACUUUCGAUAUCAUUAUGUCUUUUUAAAAUGUUCAUGUUUCAUAUAAGUGUGUAUUCAAGCUGAUAUUUUAUGCUUCAAGAUGGCUGCAGAAAAAAAAUUAUGAAUAAGUGCCCCCUAAUGCAGCCUAAACAGGAGGGUCAUUUAAAUAAACAUUUCUAGUACAUUUGAUCUCUUCAUAAUUAUCCAUUUUGGCUUCCUAAUUUGAGGUGCAAUUUUGAUUUUAUAAAACAACAAAAGAACAACAUCAAAUUAUACUUGUUUUUUUUUUCAAAAGAUAGGGGGAAUAAAAAAUAAAAUCUGGUUUGUUUCAGUUUUUUUUUUUUUUUCAAUUUUUAAAUUGAAAUUUUUUUGAAGUCUUCAGCUAAAAAAAUACACUUGCAACUGUUCUCAAUGAGCUCUCUAAUUAGGAGUCCUGAGCUCGAGGUUGUAACAUCAAGUUUGGAGACCAGUCUCAAAACCCUGCCUUCUGAUUGGUUGUUUUUUUAGUACACUUUUGUAAUAAGCCAAUGAUAAGGCUGUUUUCCGAGGCUGGUCCCCAAAUUUGUUUCUGAUACACAUGAAAUUUUCAUUUUUAUUAAGGUCUGUUGUCUCAUUUAAGAACAUUGUUUUUUCGUGUAAACAAAUUGUCAUUUUUAUAGGAUCUUGUAUAGUUCAUAGUUAUGUCCCUUGUUUGAUUAUAGUGCUUGUAAGUACUCAGUUGACAGGUGAUGUAUCUGGUGUUAGUUAUCUCUGUUACUAGAACUUGUUGUAUAUGCUGUACAAGAUAUUUAAUAAAAUUAUAUUUAUUUCUAUAACUGAA